UCCGCGAGCACAGUCACCAUCUCGCCUCGCGCACACCCGUCCCCAUCUCCUAAUUCUCUCCGCGCCCCCACUCGUCUCCGCCGCCCGCCGCGUCGGCUGCGGCGACCCGACCAGCGUCACUCGCCAUGACUACCUCAAGGCGUCUUGCUGAUAGGAAAAUUGCACGAUUUGAGAAGAAUAUCACAAAGAGGGGAGCUGUUCCUGAAACAAUCAAGAAAGCAAAUGAUUAUCCUUUUGGACCUAUUCUGCUUGGGUUCUUCGUCUUCGUUGUUGUUGGAUCAUCUCUCUUUCAGAUCAUCAGGACUGCCUCAAAUGCUGGUCUAUUCUGAGAGUGGUCCUUCACUUAGCUUACAGAUUAUAUUGGUAAAGUGGAGGAACCUGGUUGAUAUAUGCAGUUUGUCACUUAGAAAACAAAGGUGCAUGGCGUAGCUGGUAGUCUAUGAUGCUACCCUAUAAUAUAUUGUAGUACUAUGGAGAAGUGGAAAAGUUUAAGUUAUAUGGUGACAAUAUAUGUGUAACAUAGUGGUAACUGGGUAACCCAAGUCGCUCGGGCGAUAGAAAAGAUGAUUCCGUAAUACAUAUCGUGCGCGUGAAGUUAUAGAUCGUGUUAUAUCUUGAUGUUCCAUG